UGCAUGCAUAUGAUCAAAAUGUAACUUGCUCUCAGCGUUGUCGGCUUAUUUCCGAACACACCUACAGUGUUUUGGAGUACAUAAAAACGCUUGCGUGAACAGACAUAAUUAACGCAAUCGCAAUCUAGAAAAUAUUUAAUUGUGUAUUGUAUGGGCGUUCAUACAUGCUCGUGUCGAAUGACACGAAAAAAGUGUCAACAUUUUUGACAAACUGGUUGAAUAUAUUUUCUACAAAAACAGAGUUUUUCAUUUAUAUUUGUAGGACGAGUACUUGGAACACGAUGAAGAUAUCGCGUUCGAGAGCGUCGGACUCACUAGUGCUAUAAAAUUUAUCUAAUUACUCUGAACUGUACGCCAGGAGAAUCCACAUUUCAUCAGAAACAGGAUGACAACUCCUAUGUGUGAGGAUGGUGGUCCACUCCGAGAGUGGGCACCGCUCUCUAUACUCCUGCAACAAAUUCCUGUCAAGUGUCAAAAUGGAAUUUUUACACAGGAUAUGAGUUUCACAAGUAUCGACGCAGUCGCUGAAUACAUUGCUAUUGGUACUAAUCAUGGUCUUGUUUACUGGUAUAGCAGAGAGAAGGGAGAUUUGCAAAGAUUACGAUGUGAGAAUAGUAAUGCACCAAUUACUUGUGUACGUGUUAUAUCCACAGUAGACUAUAUGGUAGCUGUUGGCAACGACCAGGGUGUGGUAUCAGUUUUUCAAAUACCUAAAAAUCCCCCUGAUUCGUUGCCUGAUAGUUUGAAACCUAAGCAAAAGAAACAAGUUGAAAGAUACACCAUAGCUGGUUUGCAUAAAAGUGCAGUAACUGCAGUGGAAUGGUCUAAGAAUGGAAUGAAGUUGUUCAGUGGAGAUAAAGAUGGCCUUGUAGUACUGACAGAAAUUGACUUUUACAUGCAUCUUUCAAAAUCUUCGGAGCUACUUAAUGAAAAGUAUUCUGUAGUCCAACUUAGUUACCAACAAGGCCAUCUUCUUGUAUCUACAGUAUUUCGUACUAUUUUAGUAAAUCGAUCACAAAAUGAUAAAGUAUCUCAAGUUGGUCAGAAAGAACGUAAAAUGCUAGGAAGACUUGGAGCUACUUUUGGUCCUUGUCAGGACCACACAAGAGACCCAGUUAUUUAUGCCAGCCGACCAGGUUUAAGAUUAUGGCAGGCUGAUAAAUUUGGAACAGUUCUGAAGACUCUGAUCUUUAAGGACGCAGUGCGGUCGACUCAUACUGAAGUAGAAUUAUUAAAUCCGGCAUCAGAAACAGCUAAGCUCAAUCGUAGUGAACCAACAUUUGGCGUAGUAUUACCUUUCUGCGAUGAUCUUCUUGUAACCUACAACGAUGAGAUGAUUUAUGUCGUAAAUCCGGCUACCAUAGCCAUUACAUCUGCCGUUACGGAUUUACGUCGGAUAACAAACGUCGCCUGCACCAAAGACGAAAUUUUUAUUCUUGAAGGCGACCGAAAUAUCAUACGCCUCGCCUAUUACCCGGAAACGAAUAACCUUUCAUCUAGCAUCAAUAUGGAAUCUUUGAUAGAUCCCUUAGCAUCUAUAGCGGAAAUCAGUAGACCAGUAACAGCUGGUAUUUUAGAAUUAACUUCCAAAUUAAAAGAAAGCUCAAUCGUGCCGGCCAUUCCAUUUCGCAAAAUAAAUCCAACUAAUUUUAUCCAAUCCAUGAGUAUGCUAUCAACAGUUAAUGUAGGCACUGAUACCACUACAGUAAUAAAUGCUGAAGAAGCUACAGAGAUGCCACCUAUAGUACCCUUAAAUUUAAACACACCUUUGAUAACGGAUGUCGACUUAAUACCUGAACACAGUAUUCCCAACAAGCAUGACGUCCAAAAGGAAGAAGAGUGUCGCAAUGACCGUCGUUUCAUAUUCCACGAGAUAGGUCGACAGGAAUUCGAGGACAUAGUAUUCACUCCAGAACGUAAAAGUAAAAGAUCAGGAUACCGUCUGUUAAAUGGCAAUGAUAAUCCAUCGUCUCAAUCAGACAGUGAUGACUGUACAGUAAAUCUUAACAAAAAUAUUAUUGGCAACAACAACAAAUCAAUGAGAACAACUCACUCCUCAUUGUUAACACUCAGUAUUGAUGAUGACUUCAUAUUCAGAACGGAACGACCUAAUUUAGAGACUAUUCAGAGAGACGUGGAGACCAAGGAAAAGCUUUUGGCGAGCGUUUUGAACUUUGACCUCUCUGAGUACAUGACAGGCGAUCGUAUAUACUCAACAGAUUCCAGCACGCCAAACUCAAUAGACACGAUAACCUAUGUCAAUUGCAAUGCGCACACAAAUGGCAUGACUACUAUUAUUAACAGAAGUCUCGUGGAACCAGAACAGGUUCUGGAAGUGAAGAACGAGGAUGAAGAGGAAACUAGGAGCGAGAAUACUGAGACAGAGUCCGUUGACGAGGAGGAUGAAAGUUAUAGGACUGAAUUAAAGAAACUCGUUGAACUUGGUGAAUGCAGCAAGAAAUUAUUACAAAGUAAACUGGCCGAACCGAGAAUACCGGAUGCGUGUAUUGGCCAAUCAAAUAUUGAGAGCAACACUCUGAGGAAGGCAUUACCGACUGAAUUUGCUCCUGAACUGUGUGGUGUUGAUCAUCAUCAGGAAUUAGAGAUUCGUUUCAAUGUUCUUUCGAAGGAAUUCGUGACGUCCGCUAUUAUCGAGGAUGCAGAUUGGGUUCUACUAUAGUUCUCAUUUAUCUGAAUAUUAAUUCUAAAUACUAAUUAUAGAACAAAGAAAGAGUUAAACGAAGGAUUUUUCUUUCCGAAAUUAAGUGAAAUGGUCCCGUGACGCAGGAAAUGACUUAUUUGGUGUGAAAUGCAAUUUCAUAUUAUGAGGGAAUAAGUCGCGUGAUAUAGACAGUAUCAAUUUUUAUUUGUUAACCGUGUCGUGUAACAUUAUAUAAUACUACGAGACUAAAUCAUUCGUACUUUUAUUUACUGAAAAAAACUUGAAGUUAUCAGUGUAUUCGAUUAUUAUGCAAAUCGUUUGCGACAACUUUGUAUUUAUUCUAGUCAUUUACAUAAAAAAAUAUAGCAAGAGCAACAGCAACGGCAGUCGUCAAAAACGAUAAGAAAAAAUAUAUAUCCUGGAAUUACUCUACUAAAUAACGAAUAAUUAGUUUCCUUGAAUUAAAGUUAUAUUUGACCUCUUUUAACAUGAAGAAUGAAUUGUACUGUCAUGCUAAAAUAAAAUAACGUUCCGACGCAAUUUUAUAAUCAAAA